GAGCCCGAGAUCGAGCGCAUGCGCCCGUGCUGCCCAGUGGCCAGUGCCACCACAGCCUCCGCGCGCCGCGCCACGCCACAGUGCCGCGAGCUAGCCGCAGGCGAAAACGAUGGCCAAGCUCGCGGUAGUCGCGGCCGCGCUCUACGCCAUCCUAGUCCUGGCGGUCUCACUGCCCGUUCUCGUCACGGCGGCGGAGUGCGACUGCGGCUCGGACGACGCCGCCGCGGCGGGGCGCCGCGACAAGGCGGGGGCGCUGCGGCUGAAGGUGGUGGCCAUCUUCUGCAUCCUCGCGGGUGGCGCGGUGGGCGCGGCGGUGCCGUCGCUGGGGCACGGCAGGCUCCCCGCGCUGCGGCCGGACGCGGACCUGUUCCUCGCCGUCAAGGCCCUGGCGGGCGGCGUCAUCCUCGCCACGGGGCUGGUGCACAUCCUGCCCGCGGCCUUCGACGCGCUGGGCUCGCCGUGCCUCGCCGCCGGGCCGUGGAACAGGUUCCCGUUCGCCGGGAUGGUCGCCAUGCUCGCCGCGGUCGCCACGCUCGUGGUGGACACGGUCGCCACGGGGUACUUCCGCCGCCGGACGGUCGCUAGGAGGAAGGCCGCGGCGGCGGUCGGCGACGAGCCAUCGUCGUCGGAGCUCGGGCGUUGCGACGGCGGGGACCUGGAGGCGGAGGCCUCCGACGACUCCGGCGCGCACCACGGGCACGUGCACGGGAUGUCCGCGCUCGCACCCGCGCCGACGACGACGACCGUCGACGACGAGCUCGUGCGCCACCGCGUCAUCUCUCAGGUGCUGGAGCUGGGCGUGGUGGUGCACUCGCUGAUCAUCGGGAUGUCCCUGGGCGCCUCCGACUUCCCGAGCACGGUGCGGCCGCUAGUCCCGGCGUUGACGUUCCACCAGCUCUUCGAGGGCAUCGGCCUUGGCGGGUGCAUCGUCCAGGCCAAGUUCCGCCUCAGGUCAAUGUUAGCGAUGGCAGUCUUCUUCUCGCUGACGACCCCGAUCGGCGUCGCCAUCGGCAUCGGGAUAUCGUCCGUGUACGACGAGACGAGCCCGACGGCGCUGGUCGUGCAGGGCUUCCUCGAGGCCGCCGCCGCGGGGAUCCUGGUGUACAUGGCGCUCGUCGACAUCCUCGCCGAGGACUUCAUGAGCGCCCGGGUGCAGAGCAGUGCGCGCCUGCAGGUCGCGCUCAACACCUCGCUGCUGCUCGGAGCUGGAUUGAUGUCCAUGCUCGCCAUCUGGGCUUGACCACGUACAACAAACGUAUUUAAGCUGAAGCGCAGCGAGUGGAUCGUAGUUUCGUUAUAGGUUCGUGUUCCAAUGGAUCAGGCGUUUUUUAGUUUCGAAUGUGUACAAGAAGCGUAAAAUUUAUGCAAGUUCUUAGGUGCCGCCAAGUAACCAAUGACCAGCCGUCGAAUCCUACUAAUCGGAAGUCUGACAAACCAUUUGGAUAGCCACCAUAGAAAUAGUAUGUGCCUCGUAUAGAAACGGUUGUGAAGUGAAGUCAUUUUUUUUCUAUUAAAAAGAAAUAUUAACGGUGAUUAACUGUGGAAAUAUAUAUUUUCUUCCUGUGCCGUUAUUGGGGAAGUUUCCGAGUGUCUAGGACUUCUGCUCCACAUUCUUUGGCCUAACAGUUUCAGUUCUAAGCAUUUUAUUCAUAAAAAAGGUUGAAUUUGUGAGAGCAUAUAAAGAGUGCGACAUAAACUAAGUUUUUAUAAAACUGUUUCAUGAUGGAGUUUGUGAAGUAGUCCAAAGCACUCUCUUAGUGCCACAAGAUGUUGAAAUAGAAAAAAGAAGAGUUGAUCCCUAUUGGGUUAGGGGAAAAAACAAUAAUAAUCAAUAGAAAGUCUCUAAGAAACCUCCAUUCUUCAUAAUAUGUACCACUUUCAUGCAAUCUGAUUGGAUGAUUAAUCGGUUGCAUCCUAUAUGUUGCGUUAACAUCAAUCUCUUUUUCAGCGCAUAAGUCUCCGCCAUCGGUGCAUCAACAAGAUGUGGCACAAAACUAUGGGCUGCUGCUAAAACACCACCCGAGCAAUCUCUUAUAAUAGAACCAACACUACUGCAGCCACCAUUUUCAUCAAAAUCAGCAUCAACGUUCACCAUGACUUUACCCUCUGGAGGUUUUUUUCAUCCCUGUCUUAAUAUUGAGCUUUUCUUCGUCGCCAGCUUAUAGUUGGUUAGUGCCACAAUGGCCAUGGUGGACCUUGACGGUCGUUGGACAGUUUCUCCAUGGAUUAUUGUCGACGCUCCCACCAUAUAUACCAGGCUGCUGUGAUGACUAACUCUGCAAAUCCCACCUUGAGGUUCUAGAUUUGAUAAUCCCUUGUGAGAAUUUCCUCGAGAAUUGCACAACCCGAUCUGUCAGUUAUAAUUAGGCAUUGUAUUUUCUCCUCGAUUCUCAA